AUGUCAACAACUGCAGCAGAGCCUGGAGGAGCCUGGACAGCCCUGCAGCCUCUGAGCUCAUCACUGCUGCAGACGGAGACAGAGACACAAGCUCUGCCCAGCGAGUCCUGUGCCAAGUCUGCGGCUAAGGUUACGGCGCUAGCAGCUCCGCUCGUGUCCCGCCGCUGGUGCCGGUGUCAGAGGCAGUCGUUAGCAAACCAGGACAAGCCCAGGCCGGCCCACGUCGGCACAGGACAAAGGGGGGGAAAAGCAAAGCAUCUUGGCAGCCCUUAUGGCCCCCAGCCCCUGCCUCUGCGGCCCCCGUGUCCACGCCUCAUCCCGUCCUGGCUGCCUCCUCGCCACCUCUCCUGGCCGCCUCUCCCCGUCCGGGCCCUGGGUGACGGCUCCUGGCCCCGGCAUCCAUCCUCGUUGGGCCUCUCCGUGACAGACUUGCGCCUGUGCCUCCGCCCUUUGUCCCACCGCGGCCUAAAGCAGCGGCCGCAGCGGCAGGACAUGAGACGGGCCUCACGCAGCCAUUACCCCGCGGUGGAGGGUCCGCGACGGAGGCUCAUGGACCGGUACGGGACGCGGAGGGACUCAGUGGGACUUACGGGGUUUGGGUAG